UUAAGGAGGAAUUUAGCUUAAUAUUUGUGACAUCAUGAUAGGACAAAAUCAGAUGAACUCGAGCUCCAUCCCGUACAGGCCAUUUCCUCUAGAAGUGGAGACUUCUUUCCCUCUUCCCUGAAGAAAUACCUGGUAGUUGUUUAAAUACUGGAUAAAGUUGAGCUUCUACAUUUAUUAUCAAGAGGGUGCUGGAAAAAGAGGAGCAACAGAGUACAAGAGCAGUAAAAGUACGUUUUGAGGGAAUGCCUACAUCAAAAUUUUCCCAAUUAACAGCAAUCUUUCUUAAUUUCAAGUUUUCUUAGAAUGAUGAAAUUAAAACAUUCUGUUCUUGGUUAUUUUCAUAAAUCUUAUUGUCUUCAUGAAAACUUACCAGCCCCUCAAAAAAGCAGCAGAGGGAAAUUCUUUUAAAAAAUACAUUAAAUCAUGUUCUUUACUUUGCAACCACUGUGGUGGAAGAGAAAUUCUUUCCUUUAGUUUGAAUAGUCAUGUUUUUAAAUUGCUUGGUGGUGGCGACAUAUGAUCUUCCUAUAAACUUGUCUCUCUCUCAUUUAAAAGAAAAGAUGAAAGAAUGGAAUUAACUUAUUAAUUAUUUAAAAUACUUGGUGCAACUGUUCCUUAUGAAUUAAUCCAGGCACUUGGAAGACAAUUACACUCAGUGUUAAUAACAUUGCCAACCUUUUCCAGUAUGCUGCACUCCAAAUACUAUUGUGUUUCCAUUGACAACAUUCACUAUUACAUAUGCAUAUGAAAAACAGGCAUUUUCAUCGGAAUUACCGUAAUAGCAUUAAGAGAUUAUUAUUUUUUUCCAAUUUCCUUGGAAGAAAAUUCACUUAAAUUAGAUUAUUUAUUACUUGACUGCUCUCCUAUCUUGCCUGUAUGUUUAGGUAACUGGAGUCCAUGAAAGUAUAAACUUCAGAAUAAAAGGCAUGAUUUUAUACAUUAAUGAUUUCAAAUAAAAGAGGAGUGCUAGUUUGUGCAUCACUUCUUCCGAGAAAGUUAAGUCUGUGUUCUGCUUAGGAGAGAUAACAAUUUUUGUCUCUGUAGGUGGCCCCCCUGGUGUAGCCAUUAGUUGCUAAUUACUUGCAAACAAAUAAACAAUUAACUCCUCAAGCUGCUGGCUGGGCGAGUGUUCAUUGACAUGCUAAAACUUUCUAAGACAGGAUUUUAAUUAGUGACGUUCUAAAUCCAGCCCCCUUGUCUGCGGAGCCAUAAGGUGAACUGCAGAAGAUCCCAGUCCUGUACACAUGGGGCAGAGCCAGCCAAGAGGCAGGGAGAGGCCAGAGCUGUCGUUCUGAGCAGCCCACUCCAGGAUGGCUCCCAGUCUUCAGGAGGGUGCUCAGCUUGGGGAACGCAAACCCUCAUCCUGCUCCUUUUCGAUUGAGAGCAUUUUAGGAUUGGACCAGAAGAAAGACUGUAUUCCUUCAAUGAAACCCCACAGGCCCUGGGCAGACACCUGCGGCUCCUCAGGGAAAGAUGUUAACCUCUGCGUUCAUAUCCCAAGCCUUCCUAAUGGGAUCUCACUCCCUUGUACUGUGGAUCACCCAAUGCCAGAAGAGAAAUUUUUGAAAUACGAAAAUUACUUUUCGGCCUCAGAAAGGCUGUCUUUGAAAAGAGAACUGAGCUGGUAUAGGGGCCGGAGACCCAGAACUGCUUUUACUCAAAACCAGAUUGAAGUGUUGGAAAAUGUCUUUAGAGUAAACUGCUAUCCCGGCAUUGAUAUCAGAGAAGACUUAGCUCGGAAAUUGAAUCUAGAGGAAGACAGAAUCCAGAUCUGGUUCCAAAAUCGGCGUGCAAAGCUGAAAAGGUCCCAUAGAGAAUCACAGUUUCUAAUGGCGAAAAAAAAUUUCAACUCAAAUCUCCUGGAAGAGAUAGAAAACUAAACGUGUGAGAUUAUCUUAGAAUUGCAGAACCUGAAGAAUCAAUGGAAAUAUCAGGCGUUAAGAAUGUGAUGUUUCUUUUCUGCAUUAUACUGAAUGCUGUCAUUUUUUUCUUAAAAUAUUGUAAAUAUUUGCUAUUAUAACGUGUUACCUAUUAUACUUGGGCACUUUUAGCUAUAAUAAAGGCCUUUCCUAUAUAUUUUAAUAAGCAUUUUCAGAAAAAGCCAGCUAUUUUUUAAGUGAGCAAAUUUAAUCUAAUAAAUUAGUUCUCUAGAAUCAGCAAGCUCAUGACUAAGUGAUUCUACAAGCUGGAUUCCAUUUACAAAAAAAUUCAAGUAAAAUAGUCUGAAGAAUGGCACAAAGAUAUGAUCUGUUUCAAGUAGUUUUCCUCAAGUGCAUUUUGAAACAUGAUUAUUAUUUCUGAUUAUUAUUUCUAUCUUGAUUUCUGGCAUAAAGCAGUGAAAAUUUCUCACCUUAUAUCAAUACAAAUCCUUCUAGCAUGCCAAUUUCAAGUUGCUUUGUUUUUUUUUAAAGCAAAAUCAUUACAGCAAGGUAGAGAUAGAAAGGCAUCAGUUGUCAUAUUCCUACCCUUGCUAUUACAUUGCAAAAAGAA